AUGGUACGGAUAGUUACGAGUUCAUCUGCCAGGAAAGACUUUCCGCAACAGAGGUCAUCAUCAAGUGGAAAGGAUCCUGGGUCGGGAGGGCUUGCUGAGUUGUCGUGGGUGAAAACUUGGAGCACUAAAGAAAAAUAUGAUCCCUCUCUUCUCAGGUUCACACGACCGCACGAACAACUUCACUUCAACCCAGAACAACUAAAGCUUGCACCAUGUGACAACGAAGAGCAAAAAGAUCUUCUACACGAGGACAAUAUACCACACGAAGCUGAACGAGUUGUCAGUCGUGGCUGCUUCCGACAGUUUAACCUCGCUGACAAGGAACUUGUGGUCAAGUGUCCAGCUGGCAAGAUACGAGAUAGUACUGGUAAUACUUGUGAAGACUGCCCUGCUGGUAAAAAACGAGGGAUAUCUGACAACGACUGUAUUCCAUGUAAUUCUGGAUGGAUGUCUGCUGCUGGAGCGUCUGUUUGCACAGAAUGCCCCGUGGGUCGCUACGAACUUAGUAUGACAAGUUGUGAGCAGUGUCCUGCAGGGAAGUACAAUGAUCAGACAGGACAGUCAGGAGAUAGCAGCUGUAAAGUCUGUGCUGAAGGUUAUAUUGCUGCUAGUGAGGGUUCUGAGACCUGUACUCAGUGUCAACCGGGAGAAGAACCAAACUCUGAUAACACUGCUUGUGAUCCUUGUGUAGCUGGGAGAUAUCAGCCUGAACAAGGAAAAGAAACUUGUCUUCUCUGCGGAGUAGGAACUAUCACUGUAACUACAGGAAGGGACAAGUGCGACCCUUGUGAACAGGGUCAAGAAGCUAACGUUGAAAGAACUGCAUGUGUUGAUUGCGUGGCGGGGAAAUUCCAGAGUAGUGCUGAUGGUGGGGCUUGUCAGGAUUGUGAACCUGGAACUUACAGUGCAUUAAAAAGUUCAGAUUGUACUAAAUGCAGCGCUGGAUACUACCAAGAAAAUUCAGGACAGGGUUCCUGCGUUGAAUGUCCAAGCGGAAAGUUCUCCGGUGCUGAAGGAGCGACCCAAUGUUCUGAAUGUGAAGCUGGUCACGUGACUGAAACAGAGGGCUUGUCCGAAUGUACGGAAUGUCCAGUGGGUCAGUACGAACUUAGUAAGACAAGUUGUGAGAAGUGUCCUGCAGGGAAGUACAAUGAUCAGACAGGACAGUCAGGAGAAAGCAGCUGUGAAGACUGUGCUGAAGGUUAUGUUGCUGCAAGUGAGGGAUCUGAGACCUGCACUCAGUGUCUACCGGGAACUUACGAAAAUAGGAAAGAUAAAGCCUGUGAGAAUUGUCCGGCAGGUUACUAUCAAGCGGCUGCUGGACAGCUAUCAUGUGAUCCUUGUGAAGAUGGAGAAAUCUCUGCUGAAGGAGCAACGACGUGUACGCAGUGUGAUAAGGGUCAAGAAGCAAACGUUGAAAGAACUGCAUGUGUUGAUUGCGGGGCGGGGAAAUUCCAGAGUAGUGCUAAUGGUGGGGCUUGUCAGGAUUGUGAAGCUGGAAGUUACAGUGCAGUUAAAAGUUCAGAGUGUACUAAAUGCAGCCCUGGAUACUACCAAGAAAAUUCAGGACAGGGUUCCUGCGUUGAAUGUCCAAGCGGAAAGUUCUCCAGUGCUGAAGGAGCGACCGAAUGUUCUGAAUGUGAAGUUGGUCACAUGACUGAAACAGAGGGCUUGUCCGAAUGUACGGAAUGUCCAGUGGGUCAGUACGAACUUAGUACAACUAGUUGUGAGAAGUGUCCUGCAGGGAAGUACAAUGAUCAGACAGGACAGUCAGGAGAAACCAGCUGUGAAGUCUGUGCUGAUGGUUAUGUUGCUGCUAGUGAGGGAUCUGAGACCUGCAUUCAGUGUCAACCGGGAACAUACGCAGCAUACAAAACACGAGCCUGUAAAGUGUGUGAAGAAGGUAACGUUCAGCCUAAUACCGGAACAGUAUCCUGCAAUGUGUGUCCGACUGGAACGGUUUCUAACGAAGAAAGAACAGAAUGCACAACUCCCUGCAAUCCAGGCUGGUUCUCGCAGAACGGGGGAUUGGGACCCAACUGCAAACCUUGUGAUGCAAAAUGA